CAUGGCGAGCCCAGCCCGCCCAUGUCGCGAAUCUAUCGGCAGGAGGGGCGCUACCUUCCCGCGCCGCCUGACGGCCUCUGCCUCACUUACUGCGCCAUCGCAGCCCGCAACACGUUCGACUGGGUGCGCGACAGGGGCCAAGGCGGCUUCCGCCGCAACCAUGCCCAGGCUUGGCAGGACAAUGCCGAGGCCAAGGUCGUCCGUGAGAUGGUGAUGAGAGCCAUGGGCGAUGAGGGGCUCGCGGCAGAAGUGGUCCGGCUUCGGCAGGCGGGCGCAGCGGGCUACCCCGGCGAAGACGAGCUUCGCAUCUACGCCAAGGUUCUGAACGGCCAGAUCGAAAUCAAGGACCCCGUCGGGCACCUGCGCAUCCAGGGGUCAGCAGGCCCAGACGACGUAAUCGACGAGGACAUGCUCGCGAUUUGGGCGGACACCAUCGGCGGGCGCGUCGAGAAGCUCCCGUCCACCGCGGACAGCGCGACCUUGUUGCCCAUGAUCGUCCUCGGCGACAGGGCGCCCCCGAGGUUGUACCGCGUCAUGUUCGAGAUGCACGAGGGCAGCGGCGGCGUUGAGGUGCCGCGCUGGAUCUUAUCCGGCUCGCACAUGCAGCCGCAAGGGCUCCACCAGAACACCAGGUCACCGCAGCCUUGCAGCGCUGCGCGGACGAGCUUGAAACCACCCCUCGACAUGGGCGCCGCAAGCUCAGGACAUGACUCGCGUGAUGGGAGCAUCCGGAAGCGCUCGCGGUGGGGCGAGCUGGGCGACGGGGGGGCAGAUGACGUCGACGCCGACGCCGAAGGAGGCCCCGUUGCUCGCGAACGAGACCAAGCUCGCGACGGGCACCAGGCGCAGGGCACGCACGAGAGCAAGGGCGCUCCGAGGAACGGCGCGGACUUCGAGUGGCCGAUCGACCCCGGAGGCGCCCUUCACGACGGUGUGCUCCUCCGCGAGAAUGACGCGGCGCUCACGGCGGAGCACGCGACGGUGCAGGUGCAGCGGGCCCGCAACCCAGCUCCAGCGCAGACAGGCAACGCCCGGGCGGAGCGGCUUCAGAGCCACGCCUGGGGAGGGGCAAAGCCGACAAGGACGCGGUCUUCCUGGAAGCGGCGCGUCGGCGCAGGGGAUGGCAAGCCGUGCGACUACGACGCCGAUGACCGCCCAGGCGAGAGAGCCCGCGUGCAAACCCACCGCGGCGAGUCGCACUGCAUGUUCUGCGACGGAGAGGUCCUCCGCAGCCGGGACAGCGCCCAGAACGGUCGGGAGAUUACAGUGGCCCUCGCACGCCCGAUUCAGCGCGGCAGCCCCCACCUAUCAGAAGACGCACUGGCGAUCAUGGAAGCGGAGCUCGGACCCGAGAAGAAGGACCGCCACAAGAAGAAUGCCGAGAACGCUCUCCGCCCGCCCGGGCGUAAUGCCCGCCGCGAGGGUAGGGCAAUCAGGUUCGACGACGAGUGCAUCCGCGGCAUGAUGAGCGCCGCAGCAGGUGCCCCGCUGGUUCCAGGCGAGGAGCUCUCCACGGGCCUCCGCGCGCUGCAGGAACUGACUGGGCCCGCGCUGGUCGAGAGUCCAGUGACAUUCACGGGGGUGUCGAACAAGUCGCUGACAGCACUGCUACGCGGCGCGGAUGAGGAGAUCAAG